ACACAUGGUUUAAUCAUUACCUUCUUGGGAUUCUUUGACCCCCAAAAAGGUAUUCUUUUCUGGGUCUCGUUGUUUUUGUGAUUUUGAUUGUUUGAGUUUUGUGGGUCUGCCGAGUUUUCACUGCUUUUUGGUGGGUAUUUGAGAAAUUUGGGGUUGUUUUGAGUUCUGUAAAACAAUGGGUUUGGAUGAAGAUAAUGAAGCCUCUGAAACAAAACCAACCCAACCGAGAGUUUCAACAGGGCAAGUAGAAGAUUCGAGUGAUGGAGAGGUGCUUAGCAGACAGCCGAGUGAAGCUUCUUUUUAUGCGACAGAGGAGGAGGAAGAAGAGGCACGUUUGCAGUUGGGUCCCAAGUGUAGUAUCAAAGAACAUCUUGAAAAGGACAAGGAUGACGAGAGUUUGAGGCGGUGGAAAGAACAGCUUCUUGGCAGUGUUGAUGUCAAUUCGGUUGGAGAAACUCUAGAACCAGAUGUCAAGAUUUUGAGCCUUACUAUCCUCUGCCCUGGUAGAUCUGAUAUUGUUCUUCAAAUUCCUGAGAAUGGGGACCCCAAAGGAGUGUGGUUUACACUGAAAGAAGGAACCCAUUACUGUCUGAGAUUCGCAGUUCAGGUCAGCAAUAAUAUUGUUUCCGGCCUGAGGUACAUCAACACUGUUUGGAAAACUGGUCUCAAGGUCGACAGCUCGAAGGAGAUGCUUGGAACCUUCAGUCCUCAGGCGGAGCCUUACAUACACGAGAUGCCGGAAGAGACUACCCCCUCCGGUAUGUUUGCAAGAGGAUCAUAUUCAGCAAAAACAAAGUUUAUUGAUGAUGACAACAAGUGCUACUUGGAAAUUAACUACACAUUUGGUAUCCAGAAAGAAUGGCCAAUCUAAACCAAUAAACUUUCCUUGCUCUCGCUCUCAAUUACCACUCUGAAUCCUGCUGCUGGAACUGCAAUGCAAUCCAUUAGUAUCGGAGAAUAGAAAAAGGAGGCGGCUAGAGAGUUUCUCUCGAGUUGUAAUCUCCAAUAAAAAAAAAAGACUCCGGAUUUUCCAUCAUAUUUGAUUGCUUUUUUUUGUUCUCGUCUGCGCUUCUAGACCUGUGCAAACGAGGCAUUCUAGAUGUUAUUAAGCACAUCUUUUUGCCUUGGUUAAGCCAUUUUUGUAUAACUACUGUCAACAGUUGACAAGAAUGUAUAUCAUGGUUCAUUGACCAUCUUUUGUCAUUACCAAGAAGAGUUGAAAAUGGCCAUGUAUCAAUUUUGUGUUUAAUAACACAGGAUUUCCCAAUUGAAGUA